UGUAAAUUUGCAUUAAUUUUGGAGAUUGGUUAGGGGUUGUUGUUUGUCUCUUUUAAGGAAGAUGUGAUGUCGUAUAAUGUAAAUAAUGUCGUGUGCUUAUGAAGAGCAAAAUGUCAUCAGAGGCUCGUCCCCGGACCGGUCAGGACAGGAAUCCAAUUUCUGAGAAAGAAGAGAAAAUUUGUUGAAAGAGGCCCUGCCUGGCUCAUAUCAUACUCAUUCUCACUCACUCACUCACUCCAUUUCAUACUGGAAUUUUCUAUCUAGUUUUCAAGUUUCCCUUUUUUUCAUUCUUUAUUAUUAAUUUGUAAGGGUGAGGAAUUGAUGAAAACCAAGAGCCAUGGAGGUAAGAGUCGGCCAUUGUCGACGCCGUCUUGUCAUUCUCCCAGGCUUCCCGUUCUUACGCCUGCUAGGUUUAGGGCUCUCCCUAUUCUCCUCAAUCAGGAAAAUGGUGAUGAAAAAUUAGAAAGCACACCCGUAAUUUUCUUUUGCGAGGGUGAUAAUGACGAUGAUAGGGGUGUGAAUUCUGAAUCGAGUCCUCAAACAGUUAAGAAUGGUGGUGGUAUGAGUAUGAUGACCCCGCAAUUUACCGGUAGUUGGAGUGAAGAUUCCAUGGAAUUGGAUAGCUUGGAGGAAGGGGAAACUUGUUUUAGAUGUAAAGGUAGAGAUAAACGUGUGAGGGUUUGUAGUGAAAUAGGCUGCUUGAUUGCUGUUCAUGAUGAGUGUAUGGGGUGUGAACCUACUUUUGAUGAUUUGGGAUUGUUCUACUGCCCUUAUUGUAAGUACCGGCGUGCAAAGGCGGUGGCUGUUGAGACGAGAAAAAGAGUUAUGGCAGCAAAGAAAGCAUUGUUGAAUUUUCUUGAAGGGAGAGUAGUUGGUGAAGAUAAAGAGAAGGAGAAGGAAAAUGAGUGUAGUGACACAGUUGAUAGGAAUGCAUGUGAUACAUUACCUAGUGCUAGCAAUGGUAUUCACUGCAAUAAUGAGAAUGUUCCAUUUCCGAAUGAUCUUGAAGUCCAGAGUCAGGCUGUGGAUGAAAAGGAAAUGGAUGAUGCACAAGUAGGUUGCCAUGAUCAGGAUAAGUUAGUGAUUGAAAAAGAGAUUCAGCCCAGCACAUUUGUAGCCAAUGGUGCUGAUAAUGUAGGUUGUGGGGAAGGGACAGCAGCGAGGAUUGACAAACUUCAAGGUUCUAGUGCCAAAGAUCUAUCAAAUAAUGAUGGAGAAGAUGGGAAAGAGGAGGAUUCAGGACCAAUGGAUGAUAGUAAGGAUGAGAGAAUUGUUGAAGAAAAUGAGGAAAGAGAGAUUUUGGAUACUUCUGAAAUUGCAGGAGAGGUAAUUAUUGAUGAUGCUGAUAUUGAGAAAAGAGCCACCAAAAAAUUAUUGAGGGAGGCUAAAAUUGUAGAGGAGGAUGAAGAGCAAAUACUAACAGAAUCAUCAGAUGGGAUUGACAAAUCUGAAACUGAAUCUCGUGUGAACCGUCACAGGCGUUUCAAACAAAGAGCUGGAAAAACAGUAUGCUCUGAGAAUGUUACUCUACCCAAGAGAUCUUCCCCUAGGCUAUGGAAAUCAGUUGCACGCCAUAAAAGCACCACAAAGAAAAAUGCUUUGCUUUUUAAUGAGAAAAAUACUACCUCCGAAAAGUCCCAACAAGCACUAAAACUGGUCCCAACUAUGGAAUUCUCCAGAAAGCGGACAAGAUUACACUGGACAGUGGAAGAGGAAGAAAUGCUAAGGGAUGGUGUUCACAAAUUUUCAAUGAUGACAAACAUUGUUCUGCCAUGGAAGAAAAUUUUGGAGUACGGACGUCUUGUAUUUGAUCCCAGUCGCACUCCAGUUGAUCUCAAGGACAAGUGGAGAAACUUAAUGGCCAAAGAGACUGCGCCAAUUAACAAAAAUUGAUUUAGAUAGCUUUUUGGACCUUAACAGGUUAAGGUCAUCCAGGUCUGGUUUCUUUUACUUUAAUAUCCUCUCCUUUGUAAAUCAAAUCCAAAUGAGGGAGCCCAUUUUUGUACAUGUUUCCGUGCUCCCCUUUUACCUCUUACGCUCCAUGUUUUACAAUUUUUAUGUAAUAUUAUAUAAGUAUUGAUUUGUAUGUGCACAUAAAUAUAUAAUGUUGUGAUAUAAAUCAAAAUUUAAUA